CUUAUUCUUAUUGGCGCCGCCGGCGGUAAAAUCGUCCAACUCAGAUGUCUGCAUGUAGCACAUUUGUAAAAAUUGUUGGAUUUUAAAAACACACGAGAAAAUGUUAGGUUUAUUAAAUAAAGCGAAGUUCGCUAUUGCUCCUGUCGUUCGAGGAAUUACGUCCAACAGUGCCCUACGUACCGCCGCUGAAGAAGGCCCACAAGUUGUUGAAAAAACUGCGACACCACCUCCACCACCAGUAUCAAGUGGGCCGGCUUUGUUGAUACCGCAGACAUUGAAGGAAUUCUCACCAUUGAAUCUUAAGGAUUGCCGCCAAGCAUGGAUAGAAAAUGUCGAUGCUGUCGAAGAACGUAAAUUGGGUCUCAUUGAAUUGCACCCAGAUGUGUUUGCAACACAGCCCCGAGUCGAUGUAAUACAGGAGAAUAUCGAAUGGCAAAGAAAAUACCGUUAUGUAAGUUUUGCCAAUACCAAGAAUCGAGCUGAAGUACGUGGUGGUGGUCGCAAGCCCUGGCCACAAAAGGGUGGUGGUCGAGCUCGUCAUGGCUCAAUUAGAUCCCCCUUGCUAAAAGGUGGUGGUAUAUCGCAUGGUCCCAGAUCUCCGACAACACAUUUUUAUAUGCUUCCCUUCUUCAAAAGGGUUUUGGGUUUGACAUCGACACUCAGUGUGAAAUUGGCCCAGGAUGAUUUGCACAUAAUUAGUAAUGUUGACAUACCCAGUCAGGAUCCAGAAUUUAUCAAAGAUUUGAUACAAGAAAGAAAUUGGGGACCAUCGGUUUUGAUCGUUGACAAAGAAGCUGAGUUCCCCGAAAACAUUUGUUAUGCCACCGAUUCCCUGGGCUAUGUAAAUUUAAUGCCUGCAUUUAGUUUAAAUUGUUAUUCAAUGUUGAAACACGACACUCUAGUCUUAACUGUUGAUGCAGUUAAACACAUUGAAGAGCGUCUGUUGUACCAACUGCAUCGUACAGAUGGCGUGACCAAGGGCCAAAAAUUCAAAUUGGAUCAAGUUUAAGUUUGUUGUUAUAGUGCAAAAUAAGAAUUAAAUAAUAAAAAUGUAUGCAAGUAUUCAAACUCAAAAUGAAAUCAAGUCCGCUGAAGUCAAGUUGCAAGUUACAAAGAAUAAAUGAGAGCAUAGAUGUAA